AUGCGCGACGCGGCGGGCCACGGCACUGCUACCCCAAGUGUCACCAAGGAAACACUCCAUUGGGAAACGGAAUCCCGCCCCAACGGCCUGUCGUGCCUCCGGGUGCCUGAAUCAUGUGCCAUCAACAUUGCCAGACUCGGCGAGGCGCCGGCACCUGAGUGGCCGCGGCGGGGGUGUGCUCACACCUCCCUGAUCCUUGGCGUUCAUCCCAACGAAGCUGAACUUGAGUUUGUUCGGGAGGCAUGGGCCGGACUGCCUCACGAUGGCCUGCGCUCGUAUCCAGUGCUCUCGGAUCGAACCGUGAUCGACAGACACUCCCAGACAGUCGCUCAGCCAGCCAGCAGUAUCAUGUUUCUCGGCCGAGUCCUCCGGGGCCUGACGGCGCUCCUCACCCUCGCCGCCGUCCCCGCCGCUGCCUACCCGGACCCGAUUGCCUGCACCGGCGCGUGUUGGGCUCAUGACCCGGGGGUUGUCAAGAGGGCGGACGGAAAGUAUUUCCGAUUCGGCACGGGCAGCAAGAUCGGGAUAUGGACGGCGAGUAGCUUGACUGGUUCGUGGACCUACCAGGGCGCUGCCAUCCCUGCUGGUAGCUCUAUCAAUCUUCCGGGGAAUGAUGAUCUCUGGGCUCCAUCGGUCCACCUUGUUGGUAGCACAUACUAUCUCUACUACGCAGUCAGCGUCUUCGGCUCGCAGAGCUCGGCAAUCGGUUAUGCCACUUCUACGACGAUGGAAGUCGGCUCCUGGACAGACCACGGCGCGACAGGUAUUGCAAGUACCUCAGCCAAGCCGUACAACGCGAUCGACCCGGCCCUGAUACAGGCGACGGAUGGUAGCUACUACAUGAGCUUCGGAUCUUUCUGGGGCGACAUCUACCAAAGCAAGAUGAACAACCCGCCCUCGUCAGUUGCGGCAUCAGCCACCCAGAUCGCCUACAACGCCACUGGUAGCCACGCGAUGGAAGGCCCCUACAUCUACUACCGUUCGCCGUACUACUACCUCUUCUUCAGCGCCGGCAUCUGCUGCGGCUACGACAGCACCAAGCCCGCACCCGGCGAGGAGUACUCGAUCCGCGUGUGCCGGAGCUCCAAUGUGAACGGGCCCUACGUAGACCAAAGUGGUAAGAGCUGCACGGCGGGAGGCGGUACCAAGGUGCUUGAGAGCCACGGUAAUGUGUAUGGCCCGGGUGGGCAGGGGAUCUUGGUCGAUACCGCGUAUAGUGGUGCUGUGCUUUACUACCAUUAUGCUGAUACUCGGGUUGGUCUGGCGGACUCGCAAUAUCUGUUUGGCUUCAACCAAAUCUCGUGGUCUACGGGAUGGCCUGUUCUUUUUUAA